UGGUAUAGAAAUAGAAAGAAAAAGAAAGUAAAAAUAAAGCGAUACUGACUCUUUUAUAAGGAGAUUUUCACAAAGAUAAAGAAAUAGAAAACAAUUUUGCUAAGAAUGGACGAAGAUGCACGUACACUUUAUUGUGGGAAUCUAAGUGAGAAAGUCACGGAGGAUAUUCUCUACGAGUUAUUCUUACAAGGAGGUCCUGUACAAAGAAUAACUAUUCCUAAAGAUCGUGAUGGCAAGCCAAGAACAUAUGGAUUUAUCACAUACAAACACAUGGAUUCUGUGGAAUAUGCUUUGCACCUAUUUGAUGGUACAACACUGUACAAUCGUACUCUUAAUAUGAAAUUAAGGAAUAAUACAGAGUCACAACAAGCAGAACAAUCUUCGAAUCCUGUUCGCAAUAUGAAUCAUAUGUUGGAACUGGGUCAGCAGAUGAUCCUAGGAAAUUAUCCACCACAGACUAGUGGCGGCAAUGCAAUUUUUGGUAUAAAUAUUUCACAAGAUGUCCUAUCAUAUCCAAAGCAGUUAGAUGUAAACUUUGGCAAUGAUGAUAGGAGAAGAAAUCAUCCUUAUCAGAGAAAUAGAGAUAGAAAACAGGAGAGAGACAGAGAUAGAAAUCAAGAAAAAGAUAGGAAUAGAGACAGAAACAGAGAUGCAGAGAGGGAGAAGGAUAACGGAAGAAGCAGAGAACGAAAUCAUAAUGAUCAUUACAGAGACGAAAGAGCACAUUAUAGUCGAGAUAAUAAUUAUCGUUCCAAUGAUUACUUUCGGUAUAAUGAUAAUAGAAAAAGAUGGACUUAUCAUUGAUAAUAAUUAAUUUAUAAUUAGUUGUUAAAAUUAGACUUUCUCUCAGUUUUUUAAA